AAGCAUUUUGCAGACAACAUGUUUGAUUAAAUUCCCAAAAGAGCACUUUCUUGCUGCAAUGAACCAUGAUUAUUCUUAAUCACCCAAAUGUCCAUUUUUGUGAAGUGGGUCUUCUAUAAUUUCUCUUAGCAAGUGAAAAGUUUUGAAAAUUUAGCCAUAAGAAUGGCAACUAUGGCUACGGGUAAUGUUUGUUCACUACAAAUAAAGACUUGUGAGCUCUUUGGGACUUGUAUAAAUCACUCAUAUACCACUCUUCCUAUCCAAAAUAAAAGCUUACACAUAAAGCCAUUGGUUAUUCAAGCUACAGCUAAAGCUAAUUCUCGGACUGAGAGUGCUAAACUUCGAAAUAGGCGAAUUAGAAAAAAGUUUAAUGGCACUCCUGAAAAACCAAGACUUUCAGUCUUCUGCUCAGAUAGACAGUUGUAUGCUACACUAGUAGAUGACCAGAAUAAGAAGUGCUUGUUUUAUGGGAACACUUUGCAAAAAUCAAUCCGGGGUGAUCCACCUGGCAACACCGUAGAAGCAGCGGAACGUGUUGGUGAGAAACUAGUGCAGACUUGUGUUGAUCUCAAUAUAAAUGAAAUUUCGUCCUAUGAUCGCAAUGGUUUUGCUCGAGGAGAAAGAAUGCAAGCUUUUGAGAUUGCCAUUUCUCGACAUGGUUUCCUGUUCAAAUAGUUCUUUUCUAUGUGUAUCUUGUAAAGCCUUAAAAGGAUUUUGAAGCUCUUACCUUUUAAAAAAGUUGUAUAUCAUUUGCGGUGGGAAAUAAUUUGGAAUUUAGACGUUGGGUGUUCUAAAAUACAAGGGUUGGUUUAGGUUAACUCUAUCUAUACUUGUUUUCUUUGCACA